AUGACAUCUUCUAUAGCGUCAUUUGAAUCAUUUGAUGAUACAAAUCCAGAUUGUAUGGAUAAAGUUGCAGAGUUAUUAUCUAUCAGGUCAAUUGAUCUCUUUCAUGAUAUAACAACACCAUCACGUGUGUUAAAAGUACAUGUGAGACCUGUUCAUAAGAUUCGAUCUAAAGUGCUAAACGGAUGUUUGAACCUUGUAGAUCAAAACUUACGUGAACAUUAUAUUCGUAACAAUGGGAAAGAUUGGAAAAUUGAUAAAAAGGAAGAAAUGUCAGAAAAUGGUUUAGUUUAUGUAUAUUAUAAAGACCAAGAAACUGGUGCAUUGGCAGCAUUCAUGUCAUAUAUGCUCACCUACAAUGAUCCAGAGUCUAAAGAUGAGAAAGUUUUAUAUUUGUAUGAAAUCCACGUAAGUCGUGAGUAUCAAUCACUGAAGAUUGGGACAACGUUAAUAGAUAACUAUCAUAAACUUUCACAAGACCUUAACAACUCUAACGAUAUUUUGGAAUCAGACGCUACCAGCUUAACAGUUUUCAGUGAUAACUUGAAAGCUCUUAAUUGGUAUAAGAAAAUGGGUUACAAAUAUACAAAAGACUCCCCUAGAGAUAAAGUUCUUAGAAAGAAGGUUGUAAAGCCUCCUUACUAUCUCCUCACUCGUAAAAAUAUAGACUCCAAUUUAACAUAA